UCUGCUUACGACGAGGCCCGGCACCCCCGCCGCCGCCGGAUCGUGGUUUGGCGCUUCAGACCCGUGCGUAGCGUGUAGGAUCAAUUGGCGCUCCACGUUCCCCGAUGUUGCCGAAUUUUCAGAGUUUGUUGGGUAGAUUGACCCCCGCUACCUCCACUGUGGAGCAGGCUUCUUCUACAAUCUCAAACAUGGUUGUUGCAAAUGGUAAUGUCGACACGGAGGAAGGAACUCUUGAGAUUGGGAUGGAGUACAGGACAGUCUCUGGAGUUGCUGGUCCUCUAGUCAUUCUUGAUAAAGUGAAGGGUCCUAAAUACCAAGAAAUUGUCAAUAUACGAUUAGGAGAUGGCACAACUAGGCGUGGUCAAGUGCUUGAAGUCGAUGGGGAGAAAGCUGUUGUUCAGGUUUUCGAAGGAACAUCUGGUAUUGACAACAAAUACACAACUGUACAAUUCACCGGUGAGGUUCUAAAAACUCCAGUGUCACUGGAUAUGCUUGGACGUGUCUUCAAUGGUUCUGGGAAACCUAUAGAUAAUGGCCCACCGAUUUUACCAGAGGCUUACUUGGAUAUUUCUGGAAGUUCUAUCAAUCCCAGUGAACGAACAUACCCUGAAGAAAUGAUUCAGACUGGGAUAUCUACAAUUGAUGUUAUGAAUUCUAUUGCCCGUGGUCAGAAGAUCCCUCUGUUUUCCGCUGCUGGUCUCCCACACAAUGAAAUUGCUGCUCAGAUUUGCCGUCAGGCUGGUCUGGUAAAGCGUUUAGAGAAGAGUGACAAUAUCUUGGAGAGUUCCGAGGAUGAAAAUUUUGCGAUUGUCUUUGCUGCUAUGGGAGUAAACAUGGAGACAGCACAAUUUUUCAAGCGUGAUUUUGAGGAAAAUGGUUCAAUGGAGAGAGUUACCUUAUUUCUUAAUCUGGCAAAUGAUCCAACUAUCGAGCGUAUUAUCACCCCAAGAAUUGCUCUCACCACAGCAGAAUACUUGGCAUAUGAGUGCGGGAAGCAUGUUCUUGUCAUCCUGACUGACAUGAGCUCAUAUGCCGAUGCACUUCGUGAAGUUUCUGCAGCUCGAGAGGAAGUACCUGGACGGCGUGGUUAUCCUGGUUAUAUGUAUACUGAUUUGGCAACUAUCUAUGAGCGUGCUGGUCGCAUAGAAGGAAGAAAAGGAUCAAUUACGCAGAUACCCAUUUUAACCAUGCCUAAUGAUGAUAUUACACAUCCAACUCCUGAUCUUACUGGUUAUAUCACUGAGGGACAGAUCUACAUUGACAGGCAACUACAUAAUCGACAGAUCUAUCCACCGAUUAAUGUCCUUCCUUCACUCUCCCGGCUCAUGAAGAGUGCUAUUGGUGAAGGCAUGACUCGCAGGGAUCAUUCUGAUGUCUCGAACCAGCUGUAUGCCAAUUACGCCAUAGGCAAGGACGUACAGGCGAUGAAGGCAGUGGUUGGAGAGGAAGCGCUGUCAUCAGAGGACCUGCUGUACCUCGAGUUUCUUGACAAGUUCGAGCGGAAGUUCGUGACACAAGGAGCAUAUGACACACGCAACAUCUUCCAGUCGCUUGACCUCGCCUGGUCACUACUGCGCAUCUUUCCCCGAGAGCUGCUUCACCGUAUACCAGCGAAAACCCUUGACCAGUAUUAUAGCCGUGAUGCCUCCCACUGAUCUGCAAAGGGUCGUGUGUAAUAAGAAAAAAAACCAUCCCGGACUCCCACUUCUUCUCUUUCAUUUUUGCCACCAAUGCAUUCAUUAUUUUUUGUGUAAAAAACACGAAUUAUCUAGUGAUGUGGGCUUCCAUCAUUGUUGUCCCAAGCACACCAUGUAUCAUAUUUAUCUUCUUUUUUGGAAGAAAAUGUAUUAUUUUCUUGCCGUGGAAAAAUGAAUAAGUGAGGACGAGUGAGCUAGGGAUUUGGUUAAUGUAAGAACACAAUGAAAUAAGCCAUUUGCCUCAUGGUUUUCGCCUGUCAAUUGAGUUUCA